ACAGGUGUGAGCCACCACGCCGGGCCUAGAGUGUGUGCUUUUUUAAGGAAUUGCAAACACUCCCUGGGACCGGCAGGUGGGAGGCAGCCUCAUUGUCACUCCUGGCUGAAAUAAUUUACCCCAAGUCACUGCUGGGUCCCUGAGCACCUGCCCUCAUUCACCCUCAUGCCCCGGAAUCUCAGGGCUGCCUCCACAGCCCUGUCCACAGACCCCUCCUGACCCGUCUCCAGGGGCCUGGGACCCCCCUGGCAGGAUGUGGCCCUGUUGAGGCCACGUCGGCGAUGGGUCUGGCUGAGAGCCGGGCUCCAGCCCAGGGCCGUGUGUGAGGGGUGGGCACCCAGUGCACGGAGGGGCCAGAGAAUGGGGGUAGCAGGGGGAGCCGUGAGAAUGAGGCCUGAAAGGGCAGCAGUUCCUCCCCACUGUCGCCCUGGUCCGUCCCUCCGCUUUCCCUCCUCGUCCCUGCCUGUCCCUCUCCUGUCCCUGUGUUCUUGUGGGAGCUGUGGGAGGCCAGGCCCAGGCUCAGCACAGCCCAUGCAUUUCCAGGCGUGAGGACCAACAGAGCUUUACGGGGUCCCGGACCUACUCCUUGGUCGGGCAGGCAUGGCCAGGACCCCUGGCGGACAUGGCACCCACAAGGAAGGACAAGCUGUUGCAAUUCUCCCCCAGCCUGGAGGGUGAGUGGCACAGGGCAGGGACAGGCCUAGCCAAGCUGGGACUAAGACAGGCGAAAACCCCGUGUGACAGGUGUCGAGUAGUGGGGGCUGCAGGGCCAGAUCCAGCAUCUUCCAGGUACCAGAACUUCAGCAAAGGAAGCAGACACGGGUCGGAGAAAGCCUACAUAGACCCCAUUGCCAUGGAGCAUUACAACUGGGGGCGGUUCUCGAAGCUCCUGGAAGAUGAUGAUGCCAAUUCCUACGAGAAUGUGCUCAUUUGCAAGCAGAAAACCAGAAAGACAGGUGCCCGGCAGGAGGGCAUAGGUGGCCUCUGCAGAGGGGACCACAGCCUGUCGCUGGCCCUGAAGACUGGCCCCAUUUCCGGUCUCUGUCCCUCUGCCUCCCCGGAAGAAGAUGAGGAAUCUGGGGAUUAUCAGAACUCAGCAUCUAUCCAUCAGUGGCGCGAGUCCAGGAAGGUCAUGGGGCAACUCCAGAAAGAAGCAUCCCCUGGCCCGGUGGGAAGCCCAGACGAGGAGGAGGACGGGGAACCGGAUUAUGUGAAUGGGGAGGUGGCGGCCACAGAAGCCUAGGGCAGACCAAGAAGAAAGGAGCCAAGGCAAAGAGGGACCACUGUGCUCACGGACCCGUCGCUGCUUCCAAGGACCAUUUCCCAGAGCUACUCAACUUUUAAGCCCCUGCCAUGGUUGCUCCCGGAAGGAGAACCCGCCACCCUGAGGACCGCCUGGCCAAGCGUGCACAGCCCGGGAAAGGACAGUUACCCAUGGGAGCUGCAGCCCCGUCACCAAGCCCUCUCCCGACCCGGGCUUUGUGGGGCAGGCACCUGGUACCGAGGGUAACCCGGCUCCUGGUAUGGACAGAUGCGCAGGAUUUAGGAUAAGCUGUUGCCCAGUCCCCAUAACAAAACCACUGUCCAACACUGGUAUCUGUGUCCUUUUGUGCUACGAAUUUGGAUUCCUAAUUGCUAUUGUUGGUUGCUGGUGUUUCAAAUGAUUGAUAAGCUUCUACAGUUAACUUACAGAGGGGGAGCCAUAUUUAAUAUUCUGGAUUUCAGAGUAGAGAUUUCUGUGUUGUCUCCUAGAAACCAUUACACGUAGUUUAUUUCAGCAUCCUGGUUGGGUGGGGCCCUAGCUCUCUUCCCCUUUGGUGGGACCUCUCCUUUCUUUGGGCUUCAGUUCACUCAGGAAGAAAUGAGGCUAUCGCCAUCUUUAUGCGCUUCCAGUGGAAAUGUCACUUGCUACAGACAAUAGUGCGUGAGAGUCUAGAGAAGUAGUGACCAGAACAGGGCAGAGUAGGUCCCCUCCAUGGCCCUGAAUCCUCCUCUGUUCCAGGGCUGGCCUCUGCAGAGCUGAUUAGACAGUGUUGUGACUGUCUCAUGGGAAGAGCUGGGGCCCGGAGGGACCUUGAGUCAGAAAUGCCACCAGAAAAAGUAUCUCCUUCAACCAAAACAUCUCAAUAAAACCAUUUUAGUUGAAAAGCA